GGGACCCUUAAACUGGCUGAGACCGCUCCACUUGGAGAUGGAACGAAUAACCUUCUAUUAUUGCGCUGCCACAUUGUGGGCACUUCUCUCUCCGUUCCAAUAUGGCUACCACACUUCUGCCCUGAACCAAAUCCAAUCUACCCUAACAUGUCACCCGCCUGAGUCCAUUUCAGUACCAUCUUCGAUCCCAUCUUGCGUCCCAAUAUCCGAUGCCUUAUUUGGUGUCAUAACGGCCUUCUUUACAUUAGGGGGACUGUUGGGCAGUUUGUCGGCAAACCUGAUAAUGGAUUGCCUGGGCCGGAGGGGGGCACUGCUCGUUAAUGCGUUCAUCAUUGCUAUUGGCAGCACAAUCUUCGCCAUCUCUGGAGGUGCUACGGGAUUUAUUAUUGCAAGAUUGAUCAUUGGAUUUGGCGCGGGCAUUGGUCUUUGUGCGCUACCCAUAUAUCUAGCUGAAACAGCCCCUCCAAGGAUCAGGAAUCGCGUCGGCGUCCUCAAUCAGCUUUUCAUCACCUUUGGAAUCCUUGGGACCCAAUCCAUCGGGUUGCCACUAGCCAAGAUGUCACUAUGGCAUUGGCGUCUCGUACUAAUAGUGUCUGCAAUCCUCGCGAUAGUUCAAUGUUUUGCUGUUGUCUUCAUUUCCGACACUCCAGCAUGGUUAGCUGCAAAAGGACGAGACAUACAAGCAGUGGAAGUAUCGCGCAAACUUUGGGGACCAAAUUAUGUCGAGCCAGGCCCAUCUCCCACACCCCCAGCCUCCUCAUCCUCGACUCCGCAUUGGUCGAGGAAUAGCAGUCGCACCCGCGACGACUCUGCAAGGAUCCUUCGCGAUGAUGCGGAGCAACAAGGAUUGCUAAGUGAAGAUGAGGCUGAUGGUGGGGGUGUUCCCAGGCACGAUCCCCGUGAAACUUCCAGCACCAUUGGCCCCACUGAGCCAAUAACUGUGCUCGAGUUACUUAAGAGGAAAGAACUUCGUCGACCUGUUGCGAUUGUUGCACUCUCAAUGAUCGCCCAGCAAGGGAGCGGUAUCAAUGCUGUCAUAUAUUAUAGUACCAGCAUUCUUGGAAAAGCCUUACCAACGGAUGCCGCUAUCAUCUCAUUACUGAUUUCCAUCAUGAACGUCCUCUGCACUGUCAUACCCGUCAUUGUAAUCGGAUUUUAUUCACCGCGGGACCUCUUGCUGAUCUCGACCUGGGGAUCAGUACUUUCAAUCAUGGCCCUUGGCUACGGACUUAACGCAAAUCUCAUAUCGUUAAGCAGUGUUGCAAUUUGCAUCUUCGUCGGGGGAUUUGCAUUCGGGCUGGGUCCUGUCCCGUUCAUGUUACCGGCUGAACUUGUGCCAUAUUACGCUUCCUCCGCUCUGGCUUCAUUCGGUCUAUCCCUGAACUGGAUUGCAAACUUCCUCAUUGGAGUGGCGUUCCUUCCCCUCAAGGACUGGCUAGCAGGUCGGAGCUCAUCAGGAGACACAGACGCGGAGAGCGGACAAGGAAACGUGUUCUUCAUCUUUUCCGCCGCUCUUGUCUUUUGUGGUGUUCAAAUUAGGCGAUUGUAUCGUUGAGGGUUGUGAGAGCCAAACGGGAGUUCCCUAACGUCAUGGGAACAAUUGGAAAACCGGGGAUAUCUAGCUAAUGCUAUAAUGUAUGACAACUAGACUG